GAGAGGGGCAGACGGUUCCCUGGGAUCCAUUUGCCACCCGCACAGAUGAAGGGGCUGCUAGUUCUGGGCUUGGGCUUGGUGGCCCUGGCUGCAGCUAGCAGAUUGACGCUGCAGGAGAGGGUGGUGGACUUGGUGCUGGAGGCUUUUCACAACAGGAGCGUCGUGCAAUGGAUGUACAAGGAGCAGGCGGUGGAAGAAGUCACUGAAAGAGUGAUAUCGGCGGGGUCCUUUGUGCGGUUGCGGCUCAGGCUCCAGCAGACACAGUGCCCGAACCAGCCGGGGGGCAGACAGGACUGCGCCCUCAAACGCAGAGGGAGGAAGCAGAUCUGCCUGGCUUGUGUCAAGUUUGACUCCCGCAGCCCAAGCAAGGUGCUGGAUAGCUACAUGCACUGCAGGAUGGAGACGCAGCAGGCUGUGAAGGAGAUGGAGAAGAUGAGACAUGAGGAGAAGUGCAGGACUGUGCAGGAGAUGGGCGAAGCGCCCUACCAUCCCGGCCUCUAUGCCUUCUCCAGAGGGCUGCCAUCCUAGCCCUGGCGGCACCCUCACAUCCACAGCAUGUGCCCACAAUGCCAGGACGAAAGGACGCUGCUAUCGCUGCCACCCAGCAGAGACCUGGCGACCACCCCUGCCCGUCAGACACUGCGCCCACUCAAGCACCAGGCCGGGCAGAGCAGCCUGGCCAACGGAUUCUGCUGCCCCUUCCCCCAGCCCCCGCCACGCGCAGCUCCAUCACCUGCCUGCUCAUCCC